GCUCUGCUUAGGUAAAAAAAAGAGGUUUGUGCCCUAAAAGAACAGCAGUUUUCCCGUUUUCUGUCCCUGGUGGUCGGUGUACCUGUGUGAAAAAAACAACAUGCGGUCCACCGCACGGCUCGCUUCCCAGUCCGUGUGAGCGACCUGCGCUGCGGCACCCACAGAUAAAAAAGUAGCUUGAUGAGAAUCCAAAGUAGUGGAAGUUUGGAGGGGACGCCAUCUUGGUCCCAGCUCUCCACGUCCCCAACACGGACUGUGUUUCAGCAGCAUACCUCGGCAGGGGUGAAGGCCUCGGAAGGCACCAUGGAGGAGCUGCACAGCCUGGACCCCCGCAGACAGGAACUGCUGGAGGCUCGUUUUAUGGGCGGGGUCAGUGGCAGCACAGGGGGAAGCACGUGCAGCACAAGUGGAGGAACCAAAGGACUGACCAACAAUGAAUGUUCAAAUCAUAGUUUUGGAAGUUUGGGAUCCUUAAGUGACAAGGAGUCCGAGACUCCAGAGAAGAAACAGUCAGAAACAACUAGAGGCAGAAAAAGGAAGCCUGAGAUCCAGUCAGAGAGCAGCCAAGGAAAAUCGGCUGUGCGAGGACCCAAAAUAAGUGAUUACUUUGAUUUUCAGGGAGGGAACGGGUCCAGUCCUGUGAGAGGCCUCCCCCCAGUGCUCCGCUCACCCCAGAACUCACAUUCCCAGUCGGCUCAGGGCGUUGCUGUUAGACAAAAUAGUUCUUCUCCUACUAAUAUGUCUUUUGUGGACCAGAUGCCAAAUCCAAAGCAACUAUCGGUCAAAUUUGUUCAGACUGACCUUACAGUUUUGAAGUUGGCUGCCCUUGAAAGUACAAAGAACCUAGACCUUGAGAAGAAGGAGGGUAGAAUAGAUGACUUGCUAAGGGUAAACUGUGAUCUCAGGCGGCAGAUAGACGAGCAGCAAAAAUUACUUGAAAAGUAUAAGGAACGCUUGAAUAAAUGCAUCACCAUGAGCAAAAAGUUGCUUAUAGAAAAGAGCACACAGGAGAAGCAGGCCUGUCGGGAGAAGAGCAUGCAGGAUAGGUUACGUCUGGGCCAUUUCACCACCGUGAGACACGGCGCCUCCUUCACAGAGCAGUGGACAGACGGCUACGCCUUCCAGAACCUCGUCAAGCAGCAGGAGUGGAUAAAUCAACAGAGAGAAGACAUCGAGAGGCAGAGGAAACUUCUUGCCAAGAGGAAGCCUCCGUCCUCCAGCAACUCCCAAGCACCAACCACAAACUCAGAGCCAAAGCAACGCAAAACCAAGGCAGUGAAUGGAGCAGAGAGCGAUCCCUUUCUAAAACCCAGCCUACCUCAACUGCUGACUCUAGCAGAGUACCACGAACAGGAAGAGAUCUUCAAACUGCGACUUGGACAUCUGAAGAAGGAAGAAGCUGAGAUCCAGGCUGAGCUGGAGCGCCUGGAGAGAGUCCGCAACCUUCACAUUAGGGAGCUGAAGAGAAUAAAUAAUGAAGACAGCUCCCAAUUUAAAGAUCACCCCACGCUAAAUGAACGGUAUCUGCUCCUACACCUCUUGGGUCGGGGAGGCUUUAGUGAAGUUUACAAGGCUUUUGACUUGAUUGAACAACGAUAUGCUGCUGUGAAGAUUCACCAACUUAAUAAGAACUGGAGAGAAGAGAAAAAGGAGAACUAUCACAAGCAUGCAUGUCGAGAGUACAGAAUACACAAGGAGCUGGACCAUCCCAGGAUCGUAAAACUUUACGACUACUUCUCACUGGAUACAGACACGUUUUGUACAGUCAUGGAGUACUGCGAGGGCAACGACUUGGAUUUCUACUUGAAGCAGCAUAAGCUAAUGUCUGAGAAAGAGGCUCGGUCUAUCGUCAUGCAGAUUGUGAACGCACUAAAAUAUCUAAACGAAAUCAAACCUCCCAUCAUCCAUUAUGACCUUAAACCAGGUAACAUCUUGCUAGUGGACGGCACAGCCUGCGGGGAAAUAAAAAUCACAGACUUUGGUCUUUCCAAAAUAAUGGAUGACGACAACUAUGGCGUUGAUGGGAUGGACCUGACGUCGCAGGGGGCAGGAACCUACUGGUACCUUCCUCCUGAAUGUUUUGUGGUUGGUAAAGAACCGCCAAAGAUCUCCAAUAAGGUGGAUGUGUGGUCAGUCGGUGUCAUCUUUUUCCAGUGUUUGUAUGGAAGAAAGCCGUUUGGCCACAACCAGUCGCAGCAGGACAUUCUGCAGGAGAACACUAUUCUGAAAGCUACUGAGGUCCAGUUUCCUGUAAAGCCAGUUGUCAGUAAUGAAGCUAAGGCCUUCAUAAGACGCUGCCUGGCCUACAGGAAGGAGGAUCGAGUCGACGUUCUCCAGCUGGGCAGCGACCCCUACCUGCUCCCUCAAAUGCGAAGAUCGAGCUCCUCUGGAAAUCUACAGAUGAGCGCUGCUAGCGCUGGCUCGGCCUCAUCCAGUCUCAUCUCAUACUGACAGUUUUGAACUUUAUAAGAGAGGCGAAGCAAGAACUCAAGUUGCAACUGUGAGGCUCAUCUGGGAGGCCUGGACUUGUGACGGGAGCAGCAGAAAGAGCAGGACCGGAGAGCGGGGAUGUCUGUUGGCCUCCUCUGACCUGCGCCUGGAUUCUUCUCCUUUAUCAGGACUUUUAUCAGUGGAAGGAUGGAGAAGUCGUGUUUUACAGAACGUGUGUUGGGAUGGGCGUCCGACAAAAGCACUGAAACUAUGUAUUUUGAAGAAAAUGUGACUGGACACCCCGUAGAGAAGUUGCAGAUGAAUGGAGCAUUCAGUGGCUGAAUGGAGAUUCGGCUGUGUGCCAUUUGAUUUAAUAAGACUGUCCUGCCAGGAUGCAAGUGAUUCAGCUGCUAGAAGUUAAUUUACUGUGAGGAGAAGUGAGUCAUCGUUAUGUAGAAUUAAAGAAAUUUCACUAUUGAUUUGGAUAAUUGUUCUGUUUUUUGUUUUUUUCCCCCCACAAAUGUUAGGCUUUAAUUUGAGUAACUUAGCCAUGGGAAUGUAAUGUGUAGCAUAUAAGUGGCAUCUAGUGUCAUGUAGGCUGGAGCAGCAUACUUACAUACAUUAAAUGCACAAAGUAACCAAAUGUAGAAAAAUGAUGUAUAAAACCCUAUGCAGGAAUAUUAACAUAUAAAUUGGAAACUGUAUAUGCUGUAUAGGUGAAUUUUCAAAUUUCGAGCUGCAGCAGUGAUGUGUUAAAGGAGUUAAAAGUUUUCCUGACAUAAAAUGAGUUUCCUGGAGUGUUUUCAUUUUGCUGCUUUGCCGCUCUUACUUUUUCAAGGGCUGUAUGUUCCACUUUGGGUACAAGUUGUACAGUUCUGCUUAGAGUGAAUAAUAAAUUCCAAGAAAUGGUU